AUGUACCAAAUUAGGUUGUGUUCCACAGAUGCAGCUUCGAGGCUGGAUCCGUGUACUGGUAUGAAAUUGGUUGAGAAAGUGGACACUGCUACCUGGUUAGCAUGUGCCACGGAGUUGAGCCAAGGCUGCUCAUCUCUGGCCAACACGGCUCCUCGAUUUGAGCAGCAUCGUUCAUGUGGACCCGGACCAGAUGCUUACGUCAUCACAUCUACUUGGGGUGGUCGAAAACCAGAUCCUUGUGGACUUCUGAUGCCCGACGUAUUGAUGCAAGCCUUUGAAGGGCAAAGUGUACCCGAUCAGAAUAAAACAUUGACCAGUGAAAGGCAACCACUUUACAAACCGGAGCAUAGAGUCGGUCCGGGUCAAUAUGAUCCAGAUACAGAUCGUUGGGAAAAAUUGGUCUACUCUGCUCGUGAACGAAAUGCUAUCCAAAUGCAGCAUCCGUUGAACGUGCCACGGUUUAUUGAACAGGUUAUCCUAGAAGUCCAAAAACAGGUACGUUAUAUAGAACAAUACCAAUCCUUAUGGGUACAUUCGGAAUGUAGCAAAGAGUAA